AUGUAUUUUACCAACAAUUUCUCUAGACUCCUCACUAAACGUGUAGGAUAUGCGCGUUUUAGGUACAAUUUGACACGCUCUCCUACUAAUACCAUAGACGCUCUUUAUUUUCAUACGCGUACUUCGAUAAAGGCUGAUAAAGAAUCACAUAGAGACCAUGGUAACACAAACAAAACCGAUUUAGCGUCCAAGAGAAAUCCAUUUGGUCCUACCCCUCAUUAUUCAGGCAGACUACCUUCCGUGACAAACGGCAGAAAUUGCGCUAGAGGAGAUAUUGGUCUCUUGUAUCUGGAAAAAAUGUUCGACUAUACCCCGAAAAUGUGGAUAAAGUUGACAAAAAUGGCCAAAGAUAGGGAUACCUUUAUGACUCUUUUGACAAAUUUCCAAAGACACCUUAGAGGCUUAAAAGGCAAGGAAGUAUUGGAAUUACUGGAAAGGAUUCGUUACUACGAAAUUAGAGAGAAUAACGAGGAUAUAGACGUUUACCACGUGAUUAUGUGUGAAUUAGCAUACAGAUUGACAAGGGAAAACCUUCGCCAUUUCUCAAUAUUAGAAAUCUCAAGGCUCUGCAAAAUAUUCGGGAAAAUAAAAUUCAACAAGGAACCAAAUAAAAACGAAUCAUUAAUACCAGUAUGUGCAGAAAACUACAGAAAGACCAAGAUUUACGAACUCUGUGAAAAUUGUAAAUUGAGAUAUGGAGACCUGGCAACGCAAAAUGGAAAUGAUCUAAUGACCAUAUUGAUUGUCUCGUUUGGUAAAUCCAUUCUAGCUCAAUUAAAAAGCAUACGCAAACUCCAUGAGAAUUUGAUCAUUCCGUACCUCUCGUUGGUUGGAAGUAGAAACUGCACAGGUUGCUCACAUAUUGUCAGAGAACUCUGCAUCCGCUGCCACAAAUGUUUCAUGUCCACAUAUUCGCUUAUAAAUAUCGCAAUACUAUUACACACCAUUAAGAGAACUAGGGCUAGAGCUAAUUUUAUCUUCAGAAACAUCGCAAAAAGACUUGUAAAGGAUAAUGGAAUCGAAGAUUUGUGUAGUAAAGAAUUCGUUACAAAGGCCCAAUCCGUAGCACUUUCUCAGCUUAUUAUAUCAUGCAUAAGCUCCGAGUACAGACCUUCAGAGGACAAUAGGCGAAUUGAUGCUCUCCUCUAUAGGAUUCUGGUUUAUGUAGAAAAGACAUUUUCCAACCUGCUGAAGUAUGACACUGACGACAAGUACUCGUAUUUUAUCACACAACUAAACCUACUUAACAAGGCGUGCAUUGUGGAAAGACACAGACUCCACUCUAAAAUUAUGGCCAAUCAACAGCUUAGCGACUUUAUCAACUCCAUUCCAAACUCGACACGAUUUGAUGAAGCCUACGAUUUCAAGACCAGCACUACGCACCUUCAAGUUCGCAACACUCUGGACAUGUUCAACUAUGAAACGGAGGUAGAAACCAAAGUCUACCCUUACAUCGUCGACAUUCUCGUCAAGUCAAAGAAUUUGAUUAUCGAAGUUGAUGGGCCAUAUCACUAUACCACAUACAUCAACAAGAGUGUGGGCAAGAUAUUAAAUCGUGAAUCUUCCGAUGACUUGUUUCAGCAUACCCUCAAUAGCAGGCUCAAACAGCGUCUGUUGCAAAAGUCUGGGUACAAAUUCGUCAAUAUACCGUACUACAAGUGGCCAAACACCACCAGCGCGCAAGUCUAUUUCAUAGCAUCCCUGGGACUUUAA